GUGCCUGAACCCAUUUCCCUCCUUCUUUUAAUCUGUUUCUCUUACCGGCUGGGGGGACUUCGUGACGGUUGUUCAUUGUCUCAACAUGACUGACCCUGUCCCGGUUGCCCGCUCGCUGGGCGACAUCUACACCUCGGAUGCGUUGCCAAUACAGACCAAGCGAUGGAGCAAUCUGCUUUCCCAGUUUGAGUCCAUUUACGGACACUCGCCCGAGUUCGUCUCGCGAUCACCAGGCCGGGUCAACAUAAUCGGGGAGCACAUCGACUACUCACUGUACUCGGUGCUGCCCAUGGCCAUCACGGCCGAUGCGCUGCUUGCUGUGUCGAUCGACCCUUCACCAGCCACGAGCAACACUUUCAGGGUUCAGAUCGCCAACGUGCAGAGUGACAAGUUCCCCUCACACGAGUUCGACAUCCCAUACGACAGUGUAGAUAUUGAUGCCACUGUGCAUGAGUGGACAAACUACUUCAAGUCCGGGCUGCGUGGUGCCCUGGAGCUCCUCCGCAAAAAGCACGGGGCGGAUUUCAAGCCCAAGAGUAUGAAGGUUUUGAUGGACGGCACCGUUCCUGCUGGGGGCGGCUUAAGCUCGAGCGCAGCGUUCGUCAGCGCCAGCGCCCUGGCCGUAAUGGUCGCGAAUGGGGAGCAGACUGUGGACAAGACCGAGUUGACUGAGCUGGCCAUUGUGAGCGAGCGUGCAGUCGGUGUGAACUCGGGAGGAAUGGAUCAGUCUGCGUCUGUCUUGUCCGAACGUGGCUCGGCCCUUUUCGUCUCUUUCACACCCUCACUCGGGUCGCGCCCGGUCUACUUCCCCAAGACGAACCCGGAGUUAACGUUUGUCGUCGCCCAAUCGUUCGUCACGUCUGACAAGUUCGUUACCGGGCCAAUCCAUUACAACCUGCGGGUGGUUGAGUGCAGCAUGGCCGCCGCGUAUCUCAAUGCGGUCCUCAACCCACCCGGCACCGUCCUUCCCAGUGACGCCAGCCCUCUGGGUACCAGCCUGCACGGUUUUCAUGAGACCUACUUCGCCCUGCAGGAACAUGCCAGCGGGGCCACUACAAGCAAAUCUGUCCCUGACCAGCUUGCCGAGCUGGUGAACCUUGUCAAGCAGACCCUGACCAAAGAGGAGGGUUACAACCGCGAGGAAGUUGCUGCCGUUCUGGGUAUCCCGGUCGACGAGCUCAACGCGAAAUUCACCUCACGCUUCCCCGUCCGCGCCGAGCGGUUCAAGCUGCGUCAGCGCGCGCUGCAUUGCUUCAACGAGGCUCUUCGUGUGCUCGAGUUCAUGCGCCACCUCGAGACGACGCCGUCUGGGGACGAUACGACGAGCUACAACGAAUAUCUCGGCUCCCUGCUUGACAAAUCCCAAGCUUCCUGCCGCGAUAUCUACGAAUGUAGCUGCCCUGAGAUCGAUGCGCUCUGUGCCAUCGCCCGCGAGGCGGGCAGCUACGGCAGUCGGGUGACUGGUGCUGGUUGGGGCGGAUGCAGCGUUCAUCUCGUGCCUGCCAACAAGGUGGCGGCUGUGCGGGAAGCUUGGGAGAGGGAGUAUUACAGCAAACUGCAGCUGACUGAGGAGCAGAAGGAGGCGGCUGUGGUGGUGAGUCGGCCGGGAAGCGGGAGCGCCUUGUAUCUGGUUAAGGGGGGAGUUCUGGCUUGAUGGUGCCUAGCAGAGGAUCUCAAAAGGAUUGUUAUUCCGUCGAUGCCAGUUAACUUUGUGGACAUAAGUCAUCGUUUCCAUACCACCCUGGCCGCCGCUUAUCUGGA